AUGCGUGCCACGUUCAUCGGGUUGGCGGGCUCUCUGGUUACGCUGGCGCUGACGCAACGUCUUGACAAACCUCCGCUUGAGACCGGUUUGGACUAUCUUCAGAAGGGACUUCUGGAGUAUUUGGGCCCAGUGAAGAGCUCAUACAAAAAAUGGACCCCUGGCUGGAUCCCUUCCGACUGCAAGACCAUGACGGUGAACGCCAACCUGUCUGUGGCUCACGUGGAGACUUUCAGCGUUCAAUACGAAGAUGUAGACAGCCCCGAUCCUCUCGAAAAUUUGAUCGACCUCUUCGGCCGCGUCCCAGUGCGAGCGCGUCAGUGGGUCCGCCACAUAGUCAACCUACCUGAUCCCACCAACUUUACUAGCGCCUACAACUGGGCCGGCAACAUUGCAAUGUUCGAAAGCAUCAACCGCGACCUGACCCUCUUCAUCCACGAAACCGGCCACUCCCUCGACCUUCUCGGCGCUUACCCUGACAAUCCCCUCUCUACCUCCAAACAUUGGCACGCGGAAUACGCAAAGGACUCCCACGUGCCGGAUCCGUAUUCGCAGAGUAACAUAUAUGAAGACCUCGCGCAGAACACCGUCGUGGCGGCUUACGAUUUGAACGUUCCCGGUGGAUUCGGCGUCGUCGAGCCUAAGUGGCGUGAUAUGUUGCAUCAGUUUGAUACGAUCGAGGUUGAGCAGAGGAAGGCGGGGGAUUUGCUGGUGAGAGGGGGAGUGUGCACGAAGCGUUUGAACAAUAGUGAGGUGGUGAGGGUUGGUGGAAGUUCGAGGGUCAUGGCACGUGGGUCUGGGGGGCCGCCAAAUGUGGCGUUAUCGGAUGCUGUGGGUGUUAUUGAGCGGGUUGAGUUUGAUACGAGUAAGGACUGUCGGCUAGGCUCCUAA